CAACAGCAACAACAACACCAACAACAACAACAGCAACACCAACAACAGCAACAACAAAUUAACAAAUACGAUGCCUUGGAUAGUUCUAGUAAUAAAUUAAAUCAUAAAAACAAUAACAAUAAGGCUAAAGAUAAGGAUAGAGCUAGGGACGCGUGCAAGGAUUUGUCACCAGGCUCCACGGAUGAAUCAUGCUUGACCAAACAGCAACAACAACACCAGCCAGCCAACAGCAGCAGCAGCAGCAGCUCGCGCAAUGGAGCAACAACUUCAUCAUCCCAGCGUCGACGUCAGCUACAAUUUCAACGGCAGAAGGAGGCGAAACUUUAUGACCACAGCGAUGAGCCGACAGCAAAAGCAACAACAACAGCAACAGCAGCCACAGCAACAACAGCCGCAGCGACAACAGCAGCAACAACUGCCACAACCACCAGUGUGAUGGGCGGAGGGGAGCUGGUCAACUGCAUAGCCUACGAUGAUAAUACACUCAUAAUCGAGCGCAAGCCAUCGCCCACAUCUCCAGCCUCUGCCAGACGUUAUAUGAAAGCGGAGACACCAACCCGCGGCAGUCGCAAAUACAAUCGCAAAUCGACCACAGCGAAAAGCGAGUUGGAGGUAAUAAUUGUUAAGCCCGAGCAUCGUCAUCAGCAUCGUUCCCCAACGAUAACAUUGCCAGUGCCAGCAACAGCAACAGCAACAACUCCAGCAACAUCGGCAGCGGCAGCAACGUCGUCAGGUCCCACUGUGCUACAACAAAGCUGCAGUCCGCUUGAGGUAAUUGCAUUCAGCGAGGAGACGCCAGCGGCUAGUUCUAGUCGCAUACGUGCGGCUGCCAACAAUACAGAACUUGCUCUGAGCACGGUCACUAGCCAAAUUGUUAACAAUACGACCUACAAGCUCGACUUCAAGCAGCGCAGGCACAAAAACAACAACAACAACGGCAGCGAAGCGAACUCGGCGAACAGCAGCAAGCGACAACGACGCAAAUCCAGCUGCAAUUCGUGUGGCGGCACCGCCAGUCAACGCCUCACGCCAGAGGAGGCCUGGCAGCAACAGCCGCAGAACAGCGUAACCAGCGCUGGCAGCACCAACAGCAGCUAUAGCAGCGGCGCUCGGGACGAGGAGAGCAGCUACAGUGCAGUUGGCGGCGACAGCAGCAGCAGCAACAGUUGCAAUUGCGACAUCACCGGCGACAACAGUACCUUGCAUGGCUUUGGUGUUGGCGACAUCAGCAGCUUUAUAGGCGACGACGACUGCGAAGAGGACGACGACGAUCCGGAUAAUCCGGACGCAGCUGACGUUAGUUCACAAACUUUGCGCACAGCGGCAAUUGUUGCCGCCGUAGCAGCAGCAGCUAAGGAACAGGCAGCAACAGCGACAGCAGCAUCUUCUGCUGGCGGCGGUAAUACCGACUGUGAGAGCAUCAGUGAGAGGCGACAGGAUGCGGAUGAUGAUGCGGACGAUGAGAUUCGAAUUAUUGCAGGUGCAGCGCUCUGUGGAAACGAUUCGCUCGAGGAUGUUGGCGAUGUUGAUGACAAUGCCGAUGUCAUUGUAAGAAGGAAUACACGCAAUAAACGGCCCUCCAUACAGAGGACAUGUAGAAUAACCGAGGAGGACGACGACGGCGUUGAAAUAACCGACGACGACGACUACGACGAGGAAGACGAGCCCGAGGGCACAACAAUUGAUAUUGAUGAUCAAGAGCAACUGGCACAGCAGCAACACGACUAUCAGAAUCAGGACGACGACGACGACGACGAAGACGACGAGGAGGAGGAAGACGAGGAGGUCGACGACGACGACGAGGAGGCUGACGAGUAUUACGAAGAGGAGGAGGACGAUACUCAAGCAUUCUCACCCUUCUACUCCAGCUCCGCGGAGCUGAUUGACAAUUUCGGCGGCGGAGCCGGUAAAUAUUUCAACAUCAUGGACUUUGAGCGAGGCGCCGCUGGCGGCGGCACCUUCACGCCCAAUGGCAACGGAGGCGCUGCCGGUGGCGGUGACAUGUCCAACGUCCACAAUCCGCAAACGGAUCUGGGCGGCGGCAACAACAUAAUGGGCAUCGAUGCCAUGGGCAUUGCUAACAUUCCGGAAACUAUGAACGGCACCACAAUCGGACCCAGCGGCGGCGGUGGACAAAAAGCUGGCGCCGCCGGCCAAAAGCGUCCACAGCGACGCGGCAAGCCGCAGCCGGAUCGACCACAAAGGGCGCUCUUCUGCCUGGGCGUCAAAAAUCCUAUACGAGCGCUUUGCAUACGCAUCGUGGAAUGGAAACCAUUUGAGUUCCUUAUUUUGUUAACCAUAUUUGCCAAUUGUAUUGCCUUGGCCGUUUACACGCCUUAUCCGGGCAGCGAUUCGAAUGUAACGAAUCAAACCUUGGAAAAAGUUGAAUAUAUAUUCCUAGUUAUAUUCACAGCGGAAUGUGUUAUGAAGAUUUUAGCAUAUGGUUUUGUGUUACAUAAUGGUGCAUAUCUAAGAAAUGGAUGGAAUUUAUUAGAUUUUACAAUUGUAGUUAUAGGAGCGAUAAGUACAGCACUGUCCCAUUUGAUGAAGGAUGCCUUCGAUGUGAAAGCGCUACGAGCCUUUCGUGUUCUGCGUCCACUGCGACUUGUCUCGGGUGUACCAAGUCUACAGGUUGUGCUUAAUUCAAUUUUAAAGGCCAUGGUGCCAUUGUUUCACAUUGCACUUCUGGUCAUAUUCGUUAUCAUAAUCUAUGCCAUAAUUGGUCUAGAGCUAUUCUCUGGUAAAUUGCAUAAGACGUGUCGCGAUGAGGUAACAGGUGAAUACGAGGAAGAAGUGAGACCCUGCGGCAUAGGCCGCAAUUGUCCCGAGGGCAUGAAAUGCUAUGGCAAUUGGGCCGGACCCAACUCUGGCAUUACGAACUUUGACAAUUUCGGAUUGGCCAUGUUGACUGUCUUCCAGUGCGUCACACUCGAGGGCUGGACGGAUGUCCUGUAUUAUAUACAAGAUGCCAUGGGCAGCGACUGGCAGUGGAUGUACUUCAUUUCCAUGGUCAUAUUGGGCGCCUUUUUCGUGAUGAACUUAAUUCUCGGUGUGUUGUCCGGCGAGUUCUCUAAGGAGCGUAACAAGGCCAAAAAUCGUGGCGACUUUCAGAAGCUACGCGAGAAACAACAAAUCGAGGAGGAUCUGCGCGGCUAUCUCGACUGGAUAACCCAAGCCGAGGAUAUAGAGCCCGAUGCCACAGGCGGCCUGAUGCCCGAUGGCAAGAACAAGCAGCCAAAUGACAUGGACUCCACCGAAAAUAUGGGCGAGGAGAUGCCCGAAAUGCAGAUCACAGAAUCACGUUGGCGCAAAAUGAAAAAAGACUUCGAUCGGGUCAAUCGACGCAUGCGUCGCGCCUGUCGCAAAGCCGUCAAAUCACAAGCCUUCUACUGGCUCAUCAUUGUCCUGGUGUUUCUCAACACUGGUGUGCUAGCAACGGAGCACUACGGACAAGUUGAUUGGCUGGAUGAGUUUCAGGAGUACACAAAUAUAGUGUUCAUUGGCCUCUUCACCUGCGAAAUGUUGCUGAAAAUGUACAGUUUAGGCUUUCAGGGCUAUUUCGUCUCGCUGUUCAAUCGCUUCGACUGCUUCGUGGUAAUUGGCAGCAUCUCUGAGACGCUGUUGACCAAAACUGGAAUGAUGCCUCCAUUGGGCGUUUCGGUGCUGCGUUGUGUGCGCCUCUUGCGUGUCUUCAAGGUCACCAAAUACUGGCGUUCGCUAUCGAAUCUAGUUGCUUCCCUAUUGAAUUCAAUACAAUCAAUUGCUUCGCUAUUGUUACUGCUCUUCCUGUUUAUUGUGAUAUUUGCAUUGCUCGGCAUGCAGGUUUUUGGUGGUAAAUUUAAUUACAAUGAAGAUGAGAAAUAUCGCACGAACUUCGAUUGUUUCUGGCAGAGUUUGCUCACAGUGUUUCAGAUCAUGACUGGCGAGGAUUGGAAUGCAGUCAUGUAUGUGGGCAUUAAUGCCUAUGGCGGAGUUUCCUCUUAUGGCGCUCUGGCAUGCAUAUACUUCAUCAUAUUGUUUAUUUGCGGCAACUAUAUAUUGCUAAACGUGUUCUUGGCCAUUGCUGUGGACAAUUUGGCCGAUGCCGACUCACUGUCGGAGGUGGAAAAGGACGAGGAGCCGCAUGAUGAGGGUGCCAUGAAGAAGUCGCACAGCCCCACGCCCACCAUAGACGGCAUGGAUGAUGAGCAUCUGAGCAUAGACAUGGAUAUGGAUAUGGAAAAUCACGAUAUGGAUGAUGAUAAGGAUCACGAAACGCUCUCAGAUGAAGAGGUGCGUGAAAUGUGCGAGGAUGAAGAAGAGGUGGAUGAAGAGGGCAUGAUAACGGCACGCCCACGCCGUAUGUCUGAGGUUAAUACGGCCACGAAAAUUCUACCUAUACCGCCGGGCACAUCAUUCUUUCUUUUCUCACAAACGAACAGAUUUCGCGUCUUUUGCCAUUGGCUCUGCAAUCACAGCAAUUUCGGCAAUAUUAUCCUCUGCUGUAUCAUGUUCUCAUCCGCCAUGUUGGCCGCGGAGAAUCCGUUGAGGGCCAACGACGAAUUGAACAAAGUCCUGCUUAAAUUUGAUUAUUUUUUCACGGCAGUUUUCACAAUAGAACUGAUUCUGAAAUUGAUUUCAUAUGGCUUCGUUUUGCACGACGGAGCCUUUUGCAGAUCCGCAUUUAAUCUAUUAGAUUUAGUUGUGGUCUGCGUCUCAUUGAUAUCUGUUGCAUUCAGUUCGAAUGCGAUUUCAGUCGUGAAAAUUCUACGUGUCCUUCGAGUUUUGAGGCCCCUGCGUGCCAUUAAUCGAGCCAAGGGUCUAAAGCAUGUUGUUCAAUGUGUCAUAGUCGCUGUUAAGACUAUCGGAAAUAUUGUGCUCGUCACAUGCCUACUGCAAUUCAUGUUUGCCGUGAUAGGAGUCCAAUUGUUUAAGUACGUGGUCAAGUGCGUAGUAGUCGCAAUUAAAACAAUUGGUAAUAUCAUGUUGGUUACAUAUUUAUUGCAAUUCAUGUUCGCGGUUAUUGGAGUGCAACUCUUUAAGGGUAAAUUUUUCUCCUGCUCCGAUGGCUCCAAAAUGGUGAGAGAGGAAUGCUUUGGAACAUAUUUGGUCUACGAGGGCGGAGACAUGAACAAGCCGCGUCUCAAGGAGCGUGAAUGGAAAAAUAACGGUUUCCACUUCGAUGACGUGGCCAAGGGCAUGUUAACGCUAUUCACCGUUUCCACCUUCGAGGGUUGGCCAUCUCUGCUCUACGUCUCUAUUGAUUCGAACAAGGAAGAUGGAGGUCCAAUACAUAACUUCCGUCCUAUAGUCGCUGCCUACUACAUUAUCUAUAUCAUUAUAAUUGCCUUCUUCAUGGUGAACAUCUUCGUCGGUUUCGUUAUUGUCACCUUUCAAAAUGAGGGCGAACAGGAGUACAAGAACUGUGAUUUGGAUAAAAAUCAGCGCAAUUGCAUAGAGUUUGCAUUGAAGGCGAAGCCGGUGCGACGCUAUAUACCCAAACAUGGUAUACAGUAUAAGGUUUGGUGGUUCGUGACGUCAUCAUCCUUCGAAUAUACCAUAUUCAUAUUAAUUAUGAUAAACACGGUCACACUGGCCAUGAAAUUCUAUCAGCAACCAGUCUGGUACACCGAAUUGCUGGAUGCUCUCAACAUGAUAUUCACUGCGGUGUUUGCGCUGGAAUUCGUCUUCAAAUUGGCCGCUUUUCGCUUUAAGAACUACUUUGGCGAUGCGUGGAACGUUUUUGAUUUUAUAAUUGUGCUGGGCAGCUUUAUCGACAUUGUCUAUUCGGAAAUUAAGAGCAAGAACACUUCGCAGGCCGCUUGUGAUAUAGUUGAGGGCUGCAAGGCCAAGGUCAAGGAGGCUGGCUCAAAUUUAAUUUCCAUAAACUUCUUUCGCUUGUUUCGUGUCAUGCGUCUCGUCAAGCUGUUGAGCAAGGGCGAGGGUAUACGCACACUGCUCUGGACCUUCAUUAAGUCCUUCCAGGCGCUGCCCUACGUUGCGCUGCUCAUUGUGCUACUCUUCUUCAUUUAUGCUGUGGUGGGCAUGCAGAUGUUCGGCAAGAUCGCUAUAAAUGGCGGCACGGCCAUAACGCGCAACAACAAUUUCCAAACGUUUCAACAGGCUGUCCUGGUGCUCUUCCGCUCGGCCACCGGCGAGGCCUGGCAGGAUAUUAUGAUGGCCUGCUCGGCUCAGCCGGAAGUGAGAUGUGACGAGCUGUCGGAUACGCCAAAUGCACAAUGCGGCUCAUCCAUUGCAUAUCCCUACUUUAUAUCUUUCUAUGUGCUCUGCUCCUUUUUGAUCAUCAAUCUGUUUGUGGCCGUCAUUAUGGAUAAUUUUGAUUACUUGACGCGCGAUUGGUCCAUUUUGGGGCCGCAUCAUUUGGAUGAGUUUAUUCGCCUGUGGAGCGAAUACGAUCCGGAUGCCAAGGGACGCAUCAAACAUUUGGAUGUGGUCACGUUGCUGCGUAAAAUAUCACCGCCUCUUGGCUUCGGCAAGCUCUGUCCGCAUCGCAUGGCCUGCAAGCGUCUCGUCUCCAUGAACAUGCCUCUCAACUCUGACGGCACGGUGCUCUUUAAUGCCACCCUUUUUGCAGUGGUGCGCACUUCGCUGAGCAUCAAGACGGAGGGCAACAUCGACGAUGCCAAUGCCGAACUUCGCGCCACAAUCAAGCAGAUAUGGAAGCGCACAAAUCCUAAGCUGUUGGAUCAGGUCGUUCCGCCGCCUGGCAACGAUGAUGAGGUGACAGUGGGCAAAUUCUAUGCCACAUACUUGAUACAGGACUAUUUCCGACGCUUCAAGAAGCGCAAGGAGCAGGAGGGCAAGGAGGGGCAUCCUGAUAGCAAUACGGUCACACUGCAAGCGGGUCUGCGCACGCUGCACGAAGUGUCGCCGGCACUGAAGCGUGCCAUCUCUGGCAAUCUGGAUGAGCUGGCCGAGGAACCGGAGCCCAUGCAUCGCCGCCAUCACACGUUGUUUGGCAGCGUAUGGAGCUCGAUACGGCGCCAUGGCAAUGGCACGUUCCGUCGCAGCGCCAAAUCUUCUCAGAGCAACGGCGCCCUAACCAUUGGUGGCUCCUCCCUAGCAGCUGCUGGCGUUGGGGGCAGCACCAUGGUUCUGGGCAGCGCCGACACUGCCGGCACAGAUUAUCUCUACGACAAUCUCAAUCGCAGUGUGGCCGACGGUGUUAAUCACAUCACGCGCAACAUUAUGCAAGCGCGCCUGGCGGCCAGCGGUAAGCUACAAGACGAGCUGCAUGCCAGCAGCGGCGGCGAGCUGCGCACCUUUGGCGAAAGCAUCUCGAUGCGGCCGUUGGCCAAGAAUGGCGGCGCAGCAGCAGCUACUGUGACUGGCACUUUGCCGCCGGAGGCAAAUGCAUUAUCUUAUGACAACCGCAAUCGUGGUAUUUUAUUGCAUCCAUAUAACAAUGUCUACGCGCCCAAUGGUGCUAUUCCUGGCCACGAACGCAUGAUCCAAUCGACACCAGCUAGUCCCUACGAUCAGCGUCGUUUACCAACUUCAUCUGAUAUGAACGGUCUAGCCGAAUCAUUGAUUGGAGGGGUACUCGCCGCUGAGGGUCUGGGUAAAUAUUGUGAUUCAGAGUUUGUGGGCACAGCUGCACGAGAGAUGCGUGAGGCGCUUGAUAUGACGCCCGAGGAAAUGAAUUUGGCUGCCCAUCAAAUAUUGUCCAAUGAGCACUCAAUGAGUCUUAUUGGCAGCAGCAACGGCAGCAUCUUUGGUGGCGCUGGUGGUGGUGCUGGUGGUGGCAGCAGCAGCAUUGCUGGUGCAUUCGGUGGCAGCGCUAGCGGACCAUCAUCGCUCUCGCCACACGAGGGUUCGGGCACUUUACAAUCACCACCGAUACCAGAUAAUCGUCUAAGACGAGUUGCCACAAUUACGACCACUAACAAUAAUAAUAAGUCUCAAUUUAGCCAAAAUAAUAAUACGAAUAAUAUAAAUAGUAGAACAAUGUCACCAACACAACAGCAACAACAACAACAACAACAACAACUAUCGCCUCAGCGUAAUUUGGGCAGUGAUCAGGCUAAUCCUGCCUCCUUCUCAUAGCAUACAAAUUGUAGUCCAUAUAUGCAAAAUGUCUUCUUGAUGGAAUUUUAAAUAUUAACAUUUAUGAACAUUUUUUUUGUAUCAUUUUUAGCAAGAACAAAAAAA